AGCAUCCUUCUUCUCAGGCCUCAACCUGCCAUCCUAGUUUUAGUCUCAUCCCCUUCUUCCCACUGCAACCAAAAACAUUUUCGUCAUGGCAAACCUCCAUGCCUCAGUGUUUUUUUGUCUUGCUCUGUCAAUGAUGGCAAUGGCCAGUGCAAAACAAUUCAUGGUUGGACGUUCAAUGGGGUGGACUGUACCUGGUCCCAAUGCAAUGUCAUACAACCAAUGGGCAGAAAGCAAUCGGUUCCAAAUUGGAGAUUCACUACUGUUUGUCUACCCACCUGGCCAAGACUCUCUGCUCCAAGUUGAAAAAGAAAGCUAUGACACCUGCAACACAACGACGUACAUCCAAAGGUUUGAUGACGGGAACACCGUGUUCACCUUCAACCAAUCCGGCGCGUUCUACUUCAUCAGCGGAAACGAAGCCAACUGCAUGAAGAACGAGUCAUUGGUGGUCGUCGUCUUGGCCGAGCGGAGACAACCGAGCCCGCCACCUUCUCCUUCUCCAGUCUCCUCUUCGUCUCCUCCUCCAUCCCCAGCUUCUUCCUCUCCUCCUUCACCACCUCCUUUGACCUCAACAGAAGUGACCCCCUCACCAGCUCCGACUGGAGAGGAGACCAGAACUCCACCUCCACCAAAUGGGGCUUCUUUGAAGGUGGUGGGCUUCAUGGGCUCGGUUGGAGCCUUCCUUGGUUGGGUUCUUUUUGUUUUCUAAUUAUGUGUUGAGUGUGAGGGGUUGUGGGUGUUUUGAGUUAUUUGAUUUGAGUUGGAAGCUUGGGAAUAAGCUUGAUGUGUCCAUAGUACAUGUCUUAUUUUACUAUAAUUUUUUCUUAAUUUAUUUUGAUCUGUAAAAUAAUUGACAUCCAAGCUUGCAAGGGAACUGGCAAAUAAGCUAGUCAGUGUAUAUUUGAAUUGUUUCUGGACUUUGGGGACAAGGUAACGAAUAAAUGGAUGAAGGUUGA